UCCCCGACAACCACCACCUCGCCAUCAUGGGUCGCGUUCGCACGAAGACCGUCAAGCGGUCCGCCAAGGUCGUUAUUGAGCGCUACUACCCCAAGCUCACUCUGGACUUCGAGGUCAACAAGAAGGUCUGCGAUGAGGUCGCCAUUAUUGCCAGCAAGCGCCUGCGCAACAAGAUUGCCGGUUACACCACGCACCUGAUGCGCCGUAUCCAGCGUGGCCCCGUCCGCGGUAUCUCCUUCAAGCUUCAGGAGGAGGAGCGUGAGCGCAAGGAUCAGUACAUCCCCGAGAUCUCCGCUCUCGACUUCACCCAGAACAGCGAGACCGGCAAGCUCGAUGUUGAUCAGGACACCAAGGAUCUCCUGAAGAGCAUUGGCUUCGACUCCAUCCCCGUCAACAUCCAGGCUGUUUCCCAGCAGCAGGUUGCCGACCGCCCCCGCCGUUUCGGCCGCUAAAUUUGCACGUGAGUGCGCGUGGCAGAUGGAACGAUGAUGGUUAGCAAAUGAUUGGGUGGGAUUUGGAAUGGAGGAAAACAGCGAGGUGGUGAUCUUCCUUUUCUAUGAUGGGUAAUG